GACCCCAGUGCACUACUUAGGGCGCAAAAAUACAGCAAUCAGCACUCUAUCUAGUGCACUAGGUAUGGAUUAGAGAGUUUUAUUAGGACCGAGCCUUGUGUUCCCUUCCACACACACACACACACACACACACCCGGAGGGAGCAGAGAGGAGCAGAGAGGAGCGGCAGUGUUUAUGGUGCUGUAACAGCGGGUGUCAUUAACACUGUAUUAGUGCCGGAUUGGGUUCCAUCAUGGCUGCGAGCGUGAAGCGCAAACAGGAAGAGAAGCACCUGCAGCUGCUGCGGGAGAUGACCAGCCGCCCCGCCAACCGGAAAUGCUUCGACUGCGAGCAGCGCGGCCCGACCUACGCCAACAUGACCGUGGGCUCCUUCGUCUGCACCACCUGCUCCGGCAUCCUACGGGGUCUGAAUCCUCCACACAGAGUGAAGUCCAUCUCGAUGACGACGUUCACGCAGCAGGAGAUCGAGUUCCUACAGAAACACAGCAACGAGGUGUGUAAGCACAUCUGGCUCGGGCUGUAUGAUGAUCGCAGUUCUGCAGUGCCAGAUUUUCGAGAACCUCAGAAAGUGAAAGAGUUCCUCCAAGAAAAAUACGAGAAGAAACGAUGGUAUGUUCCUCCAGAGCAGGCGAAGAUGUUGGCUUCUGUUCAGGUUCCUCGCUCAGGAUCUCCGGCGAGCAGCAGCAGCACUCCUGAAGUUCCACCUCUCAAAACACUGCAGCUCAACAAAACUCCAUCCAGCCAGUCUCCAGUAAUGAGUCGUUCUCAGCUUCAGGAGAAGAAGUUUGAUCUGUUAUCAGAUCUGGGUGGAGAUAUAUUUGCAGCUCCUCCGUCUCACAGUGCUGCUCCAACAAAGUUCACCAACUUUGCACAUUUCUCCAAGCUGUCAGGAGGGGGCGUGUCAGCUCCACCUUUACCCAGUGUUUCUUCUGAGGAUCGAUACGCUGCUCUGGCAGAACUGGACUGUGCUCUCGGCUCCACUCCACAGGGUGCGUUUGAUGCUGUUUCAGGCUCUGCCCCAGCCCCGCCCCAGCCGGUGAUUCCCAGCAUGCAGCAGGGUUUUACAGGGUCCACAAAUCCGUUUGUCGCUACGGCAAUUCCUCCGGAGUCGAUGUGCACAAAUCCGUUCCAGACCAACAGCAGAUCAUCAGCCACAGGUAGUUCUAUGAGCAUGCCAGCUGGUUUUGGGAAUGCCCCCAGUUUCUGCCUGCCUACCAGUUUCAGUGGUAGUUUCCCACAGCCUUUUCCCCCGGUGCCGUACCAACAACAGCCCAACGGUGGGUUUCCUGUUUAUGGUCAGAAACCUCAGAUGAGUUACAGCCAGCCCCCCGUCUCCAACAACCCCUUCAUGGGUGGAGCUCCAGCAGGUCCGUAUCCCACCGGUGGAUCGUCCACUAAUCCAUUCCUGUAAAACACAGAGCUACAACACACACACACACACACACACACACACAUAUGCACACACACUUUAUACUCACUGCACUGACACUUCUAGAGAGAGACGUGUUCUGAGUUCCAGCGCUGUUUUUAGCUCGUCUUCGUCCUGAUGAAAGUUGCAGAAGAGGAUGGUGGUGAAAGCUGGAGGACGUGGACGAGGGUGGAUUGAGAGCGGUGUUGGAACUCGGUCCGUACAGGAGAGAAGCAGCAGACGGUCUUCCUCUGUUCCCCGCUCAGUUCCCGUCACGCUCCACAUCUGCGCUCCAUCCUAUUUAUGGCUUUCACUCAGCAAUUAAUAUUAAUAAUAAUAAUAAUAAUAAUAAUGUCGUAGGCCGAGCAGGUUGUUACUUACCGCUGUUUACAAUCCUUUUAGAAACACUUUAUUUAUGAUUAAAAACAGGAGGUGUUGAACUCAAGCAAAUUUGAAGCAGCAGUUCGAUCUGUUCCACAUUGUCCCACUGAUAGUUUGUUACUGUUCAGGGUUUGGUAUUGGAGCUGGUCGGGGUUUGGUAUUGGAGCUGGUCGGGGUUUGGUAUUGGAGCUGGUCGGGGUUUGGUAUUGGAGCCGUUCGGGGUUUGGUAUUGGAGCCGUUCAGGGUUUGGUAUUGGAGCCGGUCGGGGUUUGGUAUUGGAGCCGGUCGGGGUUUGGUAUUGGAGCCGUUCAGGGUUUGGUAUUGGAGCCGUUCAGGGUUUGGUAUUGGAGCCGGUCGGGGUUUGGUAUUGGAGCUGUUCAGGGUUUGGUAUUGGAGCUGUUCAGGGUUUGGUAUUGGAGCUUUAAUGCUAAAGGAAAGUUCUAGCCUCCAUCUGUCUGAUUGGUUGGUGUGUUUUCUUAUUGGCACACAGGUGUCUCUAAACAUGGACAGUAGGUGGCAUCACACACGCACAGAAACACAUCAGUUUUAUCAGCAGAUUCAGGUAGGGGGCGUGUCCUUUAUAUAGAGGUGUGGUCUAAGCUUAAAGAGGCAUUCCAUUAGAAUAAUUGUAAGUGUUCAUGAUAAACCUGAAGGUUUGAAGCUCACGUGGGAACAGGGACAGUGUGGAGAUGAUCUUCGGAUGAAGGAUGUGUUUCUGGGGACAAAUCACUGCUUCUGAAAGAUGUUCAGUCCUCUAAAGAAGAUCCAGAAUGAAGAGAAGAUCAGCACAAAGCAGAUGAGAGGAAAAGAGAAGGAUGUGAUGGAGCAGAGACACGGGUUCCUGCGUGAUCUUCACUCGCUGACAGAAACAGGUUCCCUCUGUAAUGUGUGUAUAUAAAUAUAUAAAUACAUAUGUAUAAUUAUUAUAUUAAAGAUUUUUAACUACU